AGUAUUGAAUGCCGUGGAGCUGUAGUGAUGGACGUAGACCGAGAAGUAUGGUUGCUGCCACGACGUCACCGUAUAUAACGGCGGAAUCAUGGCUCAUCAGGUUUAAGCAGAUUUAGAUAAGAUUAAUUGAGUAUUAUCAAAAUCCGAGAACGAACUCCGAGAGUGUUUCGACUGCGGGUCGUCAGUGCAGGGACAAGGACGAGAGAUGUCCGGCUUUGACGAGAAUCCCUUCGGGGAGCCUACAAUUAACGAUCCUUUCUCUGAUCCAGCGAUACGAAGAGCAGUAACCUCUACACCUGCUAGUAGAGGCUUAGAAGAUUAUAAUCCUUUUGCCGAGCAAGGUACUCAAGGAACUACACAGGUCAGAGGGGCAGUAAAUCCACCCAUCUAUGGAGGGCAAACGCAGCAACCUGCUACACUUCAACCUUCUAAUCAAGAAGCACCUCCUCCCGCAUAUGCUCGUACUCCCCAACAAACGGUCAAUGCGGCGCUUGGAAGCACCAUGUCACCUCCAUCAGAUCAACGAGCAGAAUCUGAAUGGAAGGCCAGGGCAGAAGAAGAGAUGAGAAAUACCCCAUACUAUCCAAGACGAAAUAAUUGGCCGCCAUUGCCAGACAAGUUCUGUUUUCAACCAUGCUUCUAUCAAGAUAUUGACGUGGAGAUCCAUACUGAUUUUCAAAAGACAGUGAGACAAUUAUAUUACCUCUGGAUGUUUCACGGCUCUGUUCUGCUGUUGAAUGUAAUUGGAGGAUUUAUUUUGAUGCUCUGUGGCGAAGGUUUCUCAACAUUUGGUUUGGCUAUCUUAUAUCUCAUACUCUUUACUCCAUUCUCCUUCAUGUGCUGGUUUAGACCAGCAUAUAGGGCUUUCAAGAAUGAUAGCUCUUUCAAUUUUAUGGUCUUUUUCUUUGUCUUCUUUUUUCAAUUAAUCGUCACCGGUAUCCAGGCUAUAGGUAUUCCUGGUGCUGGAACUUGUGGCAUAAUUACAGCUGUUAGUAUGUUUAAUUCGACACCCAAAGGUAUUUUCCUUGGUCUUAUUAUGCUCUUCAUCGCUUUUUGUUUUCUUACUGCGGCUGGUGGUGAUCUCUUACUGCUUACUAAGAUCCACCGCAUUUAUCGUACUUCCGACGCGAGUGUCACGAAAGCGCAGCAAGAAUUUGCUACAACAUUUUUGCGAAAUGAACAUGUGCAAACCGCCGCGAGCAAUGUCGCAGCGAGUGCAGUCCGUCAGCAGAUGGCUAACGCUGCUCCACGUUACUAAACAAUUCUAUCACUUACUUGUUCUACGAAACACUAUGUUCUGGCUUUACACCAUUCAGUAAGUGGAUAGAUCUCAUUAGUUUCGCUAUUUAUGGAUUAUAUAAGAUCAUAGAAAAAUGCAAUGUAUUGCAAAAUUUUAUUCUUACAAUGAAACGCUGCGAUCGAAAAUCAUAUUUCACGAUCAAAUUUAUUCUCUAAUGUAUUAUUAAUGUUGUACAGUUAAUACUGCAAAGUAUCUCGAAGUAUUAACGAAUGUUCUAAAAAAACUUUCCGAACCUAUUAUGUAUUUUGUUUCUAAGUAUAACAUUUUAUGUGUUAGAAGAAAAUUAUACUAUGCAUAUAACAUUUCUACAUAAGUUCGAUAUAUUAGUUUAUCAUGUACGUUUAUUUAUGAGAUCUUCAAAUUAGGUUACAAUCAUGUGAGUGAGCUAUUGAUAAUCAUAUCACUCGUAUCAUAAUUUUAUUAUUACAUCAUUACUUACGUUUACUAGCUUUCAUAUUUUAGUGGCACAGUCUCAUGACAAUGUGAUCAUAUUAUAAGUUAUGAAAGUAAUUAAAUUGAUUCCAAGUCCACAUAACUGCAAAAUUCGAAUUAUAGAAUAUAAUUUGAUUCAUAUUUGUUGAAUGUUAACAUAAACGCUAAUUUACUUAUAAAUAUUCAUAAAUAGCUUUCUUACAAACCUUGUGACACCCUGUAACAC